AUGACUAACCUCAUCCUUAUCUUCGCCGCACAAAUCCUCCUUUUCUAUGCCGUUGCUUCCGUCGGAGAUGAAUUGGGAAGAACCAUGAACGGGAAACACCUUGGCCCUUACAAAAAGGAGAAACUCACUCAUCUCCGAGUCUAUUGGCACAACUCUGUAAACGGUAGAAACCCUAGCUCCGUGAUGAUCCAACAGCCGGUCUUGAACUCUUCCUUAUCCGGAUCGAUCACCAUGAUGGACGAUCCACUAACAUUCGAUGUGCCAAGGAAUGCGACUGUGGUGGGCCAAGCCCAAGGGAUGUACGUAGCAGCGGCCCAAGGAGAGAUAGGCUUCUUGAUGGUGAUGAACUUUGCUUUCACUACGGGGAAGUACAAUGGGAGUACGAUAACGAUUCUUGGGCGGAACGUGGUGAUGUCGAAGGUUAGGGAAAUGCCGGUGGUCGGAGGUAGUGGAAUCUUUCGAUUUGCUAGAGGUUAUGUCGAGGCUCGCACCAAGUCGUUUGAUCUCAAGGCCGGUUGUUGAAUAUAAUUGUUAUAUUCUGCAUUACUGA